AUGAAGGAGCCUAGGGCAUAUAAAAGAGCCCAGCCCAACAGGCUGUUGUCUGUUGAAAGUCCAAUUGGCAAGCCACUGAUCCAAAUGAACCCAGAAGAAGCGCGUCUAUUCACGCUCCAGCCAAAAAACCUCGACUUUCCUCCACGCACCACCGUGUCACGGCAUGUUCAGCUGCUUUCUUCUGGCCCAGAUUUCCUUUUCCGUCCAAUUAGAGAGUGGA